AAUCCCUAGCAACAAUUACAAUUGUUAAGCUGAUCUUUUAUGCAAAGUAUAUAGCAGCACGAUCGCUAAUGAAUGAAAAACAAACAAAAAGAAACUCGCAUGAACUUAAAACAACACAGAAGGUUCGAGAGCAUAACUGAAGGUUUGAAAAAGCUGCGUUUCUGUAAAAGUUGUACUUUGGCAUCUUUGCAAGAAUGUUUUCAUCGAUUCUUUUUGUCGGCCUGACCCUAGCUAAAGAGUUCCUAAUUUCACACGCAGUUUAUAACGCAGACAGCAAUAACACUCGCACGACAUUGGUUUUGAAAACGUUGUUUGAGGGAUACGACAAACGGCUGCGACCCAAUUUUGGAGGUCCUCCAUGCAAAGUCAACAUUUCUAUGCAUGUUUUGUCAAUGGUGCCAAUCAAAGAGAUUGAUAUGGAGGCGACAUUCGUGAUGUUUUUUCGUCAGCAUUGGUUCGACCCUCGUUUGGCUUAUGGCCCCACCCUUGGAAUGCCUAAAAUGAAGCUGAGUGGGAACAUUGUGGACCAGGUUUGGAUUCCAGACACGUAUUUUGUCAACGAUUUGACCCAAAAAACAUCCUGCGCAGAUUUUAUGUUCGAACUCUCACAAGAAGGUGUCAUCACGCAUAGUUGCAGACUGAAACUAAGUUUAUACUGUCCGAUGAAUUUGCGAAAAUUUCCAAUGGAUGAACAAGUCUGUGAAAUGAUCUUUGAAAGUUAUUCUUACUCCACAGAAGAUAUGAUCUUAUCUUGGCUAACUGGUGGUAAAGAUUCGAUCGGUGUGUCAGGGGAACUACAGAUUCCUCAAUACACUCUAAAGAAAAUAGAAAUCUCCAUGAAAAGUCAUGAGUAUAGCACAGGUAAUUUUUCGACCUUGUUAGCUAGAUUCCACCUUCAGAGACAAAUUGGCUAUUACAUUCUUCAACAAUUCAUCCCCACAGUACUUAUUGUAGCUCUAAGCUGGGUUGGUUUCUGGAUCGAUGAACGUUCGGUUCCGGCACGGGUAUCGCUCGGAAUCACAACAGUCCUCUCCAUAACUACGCUAAUGUUCGGUAUUCAGUCGAGCCUGCCGAGAGUCGGUUACGUGAAAGCAAUCGAUGUGUUCAUCUUGGGCAGUUUCCUUUUUGUGUUCGCUGCUUUAUUGGAGUUUGCAGUGAUCUGCUCAUUUGCGAAUGCAUCUUCGUCGAAAAGAGAGAGAAGGCCAAAGGAAAAACAGGUUGCAUCAUAUGAGAAACCAUCUGUGAUUUUUGAGGAAAUGAAUGACGUGGAAAAAAAUUAUCAAGAAAGUGGCACGUUUCGACAAGUUUUUGACACCAAAAGAGACGGGAUUACGGAAAAACAUUAUCGCGACGAAAAUUCUAACUACUCAACGAGCUUCAUCCCAACAUUGGCAAUGUCUACAACACCGUGGUUUUCAAUUAAGAGGCGAACAGGCAAUGCAAGGUUUUCAAACAAUCCAGUCUUUUUUCCUAAACUAAAGCCGUGUAAGAUCGAUAGACACUGCAGGAAACUCUUUCCUUUGGCAUAUGCGCUGUAUCUUUCAAUUUACUUCGCCAUUUACUUUUUCAUGCCAGUUUGAGGUUUGGCUAUACUGUAUAUUAAUCAACUCAACCAAAAACCUGUUGUUUGUUUUCUCCGUGCUAUUUGGACCGGGUUG